AACGCAGACCGCACUCAGUUCAAAUUUAAAUAUAAAUCGAACUCGUCCUAAUUCACGAAUUUAUACCUCCUUAAGCCAAAUCUGUUCACAAUCAGUCAAAAUGCAACGUAACAUCGAGACCAUUACCCAAACCAUCCACAAAUACCUCGAACGCAAAUCGCUUGCCAUCGAGGACGCCCCUUGGGAGAUCAAAAAGUCCGAACUUGGAGGAUUUGGGGUUUUUGCCACAAGAGCGAUCGAAGUCGGUGAGCUAAUUUUCAAGGACUUCCCUGUGAUUUUGGGGCCUCGAGCAGCCCCCACGUGCCCUUUAUCCUGCGUCAGUUGCUACAGCAGGCGCGAUUUGAGGCUGUGCGGGAAAAAAUGCGGUCUUUUGGUGUGCUCGGAAAAGUGCGAAAAGUCGCUAGGACACCAAAAGGAGUGCAAGGUUGUAAGACAGUGGCAGAGUAAACCCAUCUCUGAGGACCUUUCGGUACAGCUGGUCAGAGUGUUAUCACCGAUCAGGUCGCUGCUUUUGGGUGAGGAAGACAAAAGUGUGGUCAAGUGUCUGAAAGCGCACAAGUCGGACCAACACGGGUUCGAAGUGGACGUUAUGAAGGAUGCCCUGGCUCUGAAUGUGAAAGAAGAUGAAGAGAAAUUUAUGAGGUUUGUGUGUUCGGUUAUGGACUCGAACGCGUUUGAGGUCCUUGUGGGUUUUGAGGAUAACCAGGCCAGUGUCAAGGGUUUGUACCCUCUGGGAAGCUUAGCAAAUCAUUCCUGCUGCCCUAACACCUGUCACGUGUUUGACGACAAGCAACACAUGGUAGUGCGAGCCUCGAAAUUUAUUCCUCAAGGAUCGGAAAUUUUUCAUUCGUAUUCGAGACUAAUCUGGAGCACGUCUGCCAGACGCUUCCACUUGUACAGAACCAAACACUUCUUGUGCAAGUGCCAAAGGUGUGAAGACCCCACCGAAUUUGGGUCUUACAUUGGUUCGAUUUUGUGCAAAGUUUGCAAAACUGGUAAAGUAAUCCCCACAAAUUCCCUCCAAACGGACAAAUGGCAAUGCGAAGUCUGUGGCAGCUUGAUCAAAAAAGAAGAAGUCGCAAAUAUAACUUUUGUGCUUGGCUCCGCGUUGAAUAGUUUCGACGAUGACGACGUCGCAGUCAUGUUGCGAUUACUCCACCAAAAACUGCCAAACCUAGUGCCCGAAAAUAACCAAACUGUUGUGGAACUCAAGUAUAAGCUGAUCUGGAUUCUGGGUCAUCAACAAGGCUUUGCUUGGAACGAUCUUUCCGAUGAAUAUCUUUCGCUUAAGGUGAAUUUCUGUCGAGACCUUUUGGCCUUGUUGGAGUUGCUUCGGUUAGGACAGUGUAAAAUGAGAGGUUUGUUGUUGUACGAAUUGUACUCCUGUUACAACGAGCAAAACAACCGCCAGACAAAAUCUGGAAGUGUUUCGAAGGUACAUGAAAAUCAGAUGAAAAGUGUGCUUCAAGAAGCCGCUGAUAUUUUAAUGUAUGAUGUUACCGCACCGGCUGAAAUCAAAAGGAUGUGGUCUGAAGAAGUACAGUUGAAGAAGAAAUAAUAUCUUGUGAUUAUUAUUAUGUACACAUUUUUUUAUUCCUAUUAAAUAAAUGCACAAGA